UGGCGGCCAGGCUGGGUCCGAGCAUCCCGCAGCUCCGGACCCGCCCGGCCCGGACAUGGCGGCCGUCCAGGCCUCCCUUCACCGCGCGCUGCUGCUUCUGCUGGCCGUGGCAGGGGUCGCGGAGGUGGCAGGGGGCCUUGCCCCGGGCAGUGCGGGUGCAUUGUGUUGCAGUCAUUCAAAAGAUAACCAAAUGUGUCGUGAUGUAUGUGAACAGAUAUUCUCUUCAAAAAGUGAAUCCCGACUAAAACAUCUGUUGCAGCGAGCUCCAGAUUAUUGCCCUGAAACAAUGGUCGAAAUUUGGAGUUGUAUGAAUUCAUCUUUGCCAGGUGUGUUUAAGAAGUCUGAUGGCUGGGUUGGCUUAGGCUGCUGUGAACUGGCUAUUACCUUGGAGUGUCGACAGGCAUGCAAGCAGGCAUCCUCAAAAAAUGACAUUUCUAAAGUCUGCAGAAAAGAAUAUGAGAAUGCUCUUUUCAGUUGCAUUAGCAGAAAUGAAAUGGGCUCAGUUUGUUGCAGUUACGCAGGCCAUCACACAAAUUGUCGUGAAUACUGUCAAGCCAUUUUUCGAACAGACUCUUCUCCUGGUCCAUCUCAAAUCAAAGCAGUGGAAAACUAUUGUGCCUCUGUUAGUCCACAGUUAAUACACUGUGUGAACAAUUAUACUCAGUCUUACCCAAUGAGGAACCCAACAGAUAGUUUAUAUUGCUGUGACAGAGCUGAAGACCAUGCAUGCCAAAAUGCCUGCAAGAGAAUUCUGAUGUCUAAAAAAACAGAAAUGGAGAUUGUUGAUGGCCUCAUCGAGGGCUGUAAGAACCAGCCCUUGCCUCAGGAUCCUCUUUGGCAGUGUUUUCUUGAAAGUUCACAGUCUGUUCACCCUGGAGUCACCUUACACCCACCUCCCUCUACGGGCCUUGAUGGGGCUAAAUUGCAUUGUUGUUCUAAAGCAAAUACUUCAACCUGUAGAGAACUUUGUACCAAACUUUAUAGCAUGAGCUGGGGCAAUACACAGAGUUGGCAAGAGUUUGAUCGCUUUUGUGAAUUUAAUCCAGUGGAAGUGUCCAUGUUGACCUGUUUGGCAGAUGUUCGAGAACCUUGCCAGUUGGGCUGUAGAAACCUUACUUACUGUACUAAUUUCAACAACAGGCCAACAGAACUUUUCAGGAGUUGUAAUGCUCAGUCAGAUCAAGGAGCCAUGAAUGACAUGAAACUGUGGGAGAAAGGAAGCAUAAAGAUGCCAUUUAUCAACAUACCUGUUCUUGACAUUAAGAAGUGCCAGCCAGAAAUGUGGAAAGCAAUAGCUUGUUCACUGCAAAUUAAACCCUGUCAUAGUAAAUCCCGGGGAAGUAUUAUUUGCAAAUCAGAUUGUGUAGAGAUUCUCAAGAAAUGUGGGGACCAGAACAAGUUCCCUGAAGACCACACAGCCGAAAGUAUUUGUGAGCUUCUCUCACCCACAGAUGACCUUGAGAAUUGUAUACCUUUGGAUACAUACCUCAGGCCAAGCACAUUGGGUAACAUCGUAGAAGAGGUGACUCACCCUUGUAACCCUAACCCUUGUCCUGCGAAUGAGCUCUGUGAGGUAAACCGGAAAGGAUGUCCUUCUGGAGACCCCUGCCUCCCAUACUCCUGUGUUCAAGGUUGUAAGCUGGGAGAGGCAUCUGAUUUCAUCGUCCGUCAGGGGACACUAAUCCAAGUGCCAUCUUCUGCGGGGGAAGUUGGUUGCUAUAAAAUUUGUUCAUGUGGACAAAGUGGACUUUUAGAAAAUUGUAUGGAGAUGCACUGUGUAGACCUCCAGAAAUCUUGCAUUGUUGGAGGAAAAAGAAAAAGUCAUGGAACAUCCUUUAACAUUGACUGCAAUGUCUGCUCUUGUUUUGCUGGCAAUUUGGUGUGUUCUACCCGCCUGUGCCUCAGUGAGCACAGUUCGGAAGAUGACCGUCGUACCUUCACAGGUCUACCCUGUAACUGUGCAGAUCAGUUUGUCCCUGUGUGUGGGCAGAAUGGACGCACAUACCCCAGUGCCUGCAUUGCUCGCUGCGUGGGCCUCCAAGACCAUCAAUUCGAAUUUGGAUCAUGCAUCUCCAAGGAUCCAUGCAAUCCUAACCCCUGCCCAAAAAACCAAAGAUGCAUCCCCAAGCCCCAGGUCUGCCUGACAACUUUUGAUACGUUUGGAUGUAGCCAGUAUGAGUGUUUGCCAAGACAGCUCACUUGUGACCAGGUCCGCGAUCCUGUUUGCGACACGAGCCACAUGGAGCACAGCAACCUCUGCACUUUGUACCAGAGAGGGAGGAGCCUCUUAUACAGGGGCCCGUGCCAGGCUUUCUGCAGAGCCAAGGAGCCAGUCUGCGGCCACAAUGGAGAGACCUACAGCAGCGUGUGCGCGGCCUACUCGGACCGCGUGGCGGUCGACUACUCGGGGCCUUGCCAGGCCGUGGGCGUCCUCUCAGAGCACAGCUCUGUGGCCGAGUGUGCUGCUGUGAAGUGUCCUUCGCUUUCAGCGGCUGAGUGCAAACCCAUCAUCCCUCCUGGUGCUUGUUGCCCGUUAUGUGCUGGAAUGUUAAGAGUUUUAUUUGACAGAGAAAAACUGGAUACUAUUGCUAAGGUAACAAACAAAAAGCCAAUAACUGUUCUGGAAAUCCUUCAGAAAAUCCGCAUGCACGUAUCUGUCCCACAGUGCGAUGUGUUUGGAUACUUCAGCAUUGAAUCAGAAAUCGUGAUCCUGAUCGUGCCUGUUGAUCAUUACCCGAAAGCUUUGCAGAUUGAAGCCUGCAAUAAAGAAGCUGAGAAGAUCGAAUCCCUCAUCAACUCCGACAGCCCCACACUGACUUCCCACGUCCCUCUCUCUGCCCUCAUCAUCUCCCAGGUACAGGUUUCCAGCAGCAUGCCCUCGGCCGGCGUCGGGGCCAGGCCUCCCUGCCGCUGCGGCCUUCUCCUCCUCAGCCUGAGCCUGGCCUUGCACGUGCUCUGGACGCAUAACUGACCACCUGUAACAAAUGCAAAAUGUCCUCCAUGGAAUGAUUUGACCUUGUGAAAGACAAACCGGCAGGACUGCAGGCUAGCCGAGCAGUGGCCAGGUCGAAGCACUCGUCACCUCUGUCACCGCUAGGUAUUGCUUUUUAACCUCCCAGUGUUCAUACGGCUUUGUUUUGUUUUCACAACUACCUUCAAGUACCUUCUCCCAAAUACUAAUGGAAAGAAGAUUUCUCCUUCUGAUGGAUCCUCCCAUUCCGAUUUACAUUUCGCUCAUUCGAUGGCUCCUGCACCUAAAACAAAUUCAGUAUCAUCGAUCAAUGAGAUGAUGAUACGUUUUAGAAAGAGAACUCAUCUUACUGUGGGCAACGUGUCACAGAAACUUCAUUUCAGAAUUCCUUCUGACAUCAAGCCGCUCCAAAGAUUAUUGUUUUUGUUUGCCAAGUAUUGCUUACCCUGUCUCUAAGCUAGGGAUCUUUGUGGGGAGCCACAGCUAUUAGAGUAUGAAAUGAAGAUAAAGCAUCUUCAAAAUUAUCAUGUAAACCCAUCAGGCACAUUAAGCUAAUUUAUAGAAAUGUAACUUAGGAACACAUCCACUGUGUUAAACAAAAGCAAGCUGACUCAGUGACAGCGUGAGUGAGAUGUCAGUAGUGACCAGUGUGUGGCUGUGAUGUCAGUGGUGACCAGGGUUGUGGCUCUGACUUUGUGCAAGGGCUAGUGACAGUGCUCCCAAGUGUCUUGCGUCAACCGGAAGUGUAUUCUUCUGGAUUCCAAUUAGUUUUUAAACAUCAGUCUUUAAACCAAUUGCUGCUAUUUAUAUCAUUGCCAAAAAGUGAAAUAAUUAGUAGUUCAUGUAAAUAAUACAUGAUUUUUCUAUUUUAUUAUGAAGGUGAAUAGCCAUAUUUGUCAAGUGACAAUCAUGUGUGUCAGCCCAGGACUUUCCGUUCAUGAAGACACAUUUUUGCUUUUUGUGAUAUGCACAGUGUAGAUAAAUGUUCUGUCUUUCUUUUUUGAUAUAAUUAUAAAGAAUUGUGGUUUAUAUAUUUAAAAAUGUCAAUCUAAGUAUUAAAAUGUUUGCAUGUUGUCUAAGAAAUUGAAUACUUUGAAUGUGUUUCACAGUUUGAAAUAAGCUAUUCAACAUAAUACUUCCUGUUGGUAUGCACCUAUACUUAGAUUUCACAUGAAGUAUUUUUUUCAGUAUUAUAUAUACCCUCUGAAAUAUAUAAGGACAUGCUUAUUAUACCAAAAUGUUGUUUAAAAGUGGGCACUUAGAGUUUUCAGAAUCUCUCAAUGCUGAUGUAGCAUGUUGGUGGCAAUUGCUUUUUUCUAUAUAAAUGUCUUCAAUGCAAUAUACUGGAAAGCUUUUCUAUUUUAAUAAAAAUGAUUUUUAUAUGA